UUCUUGUUUUCAUAUCUGGUGAAACUGAAACCGAUGUGUGGCGUGAAAAUUAUUCAUACAGUAAAUUCAUCACAUGACUCCUUUUGCCCUCGCCCUGUCUUCAGACUACAGUAUGGCACGUCGCUCUCAGUGUUCCUCGGUUGGGGAUAAUCCCCUGGACCCCAACUACCUGCCCCCUCACUAUCGGGAAGAGUACCGCUUGGCUAUUGACGCACUGAUUGAGGAGGACUUGGAGGGAUACUAUCAGUUCCUCCGAAAAUCAGAUGUGGUGGACUUCCUGUCCUCACCUGAGAUUGAGUAUAUUCAGGGCUCUGUUCAGGUCCCUCAGCAGAGCAACAACCCCGAACAAUAUUUUCCAGAGGCUGGAGGAGAUGGCUCCUCGGACACUUACUGGCCAAUUCACUCUGACCUGGACGCCCCUGGUUUGGACCUGGGCUGGCCUCAGCUGCACCACUUCAUUGGGCCCACAGAGGUCACCACUCUGGUCAACCCCCCUGAGCCUGACAUGCCGAGUAUCAAGGAGCAGGCCCGACGACUUAUCAAGAAUGCUCGGCAGGUGAUUGCUAUAGUGAUGGACAUGUUUACUGAUGUUGACCUGUUUGCGGAUAUUCUCGAUGCUACCACGAGGAAUGUUGCCGUCUACGUCAUUCUAGACAAGCAGAAUGCACAUCACUUCGUCAACAUGGUGUCCAACUGCAGAGUCAAUCUACAGAGCAUUCAACUUUUACGUGUGAGAACAGUUUCUGGCAACACGUACCACUGCCGCUCAGGAAAUUCCUUCAAAGGUCAGAUGAUGGAUCGCUUCUUGUUGACAGACUGCAGGGCUGUGCUGAGUGGAAACUACAGCUUCAUGUGGUCUUAUGAGAAGCUCCACCGCUGUAUGGCACACCUUUUUCUUGGACAGCUUGUAUCGACCUUUGAUGAAGAGUUUCGGAUUCUGUUUGCUCAGUCCAAACCACUGAUGAUUGAAGAUUUCACUCCAAUGGAGGAGUUAAGCAUUUUACAAAAGAGGCCAUAUCCAAGUGAAAGAACAAUGUAUAGAGAGCCAAAUAAAUUUCAGUCACUGGACACUGCUCAUCCAGAGGAAGGGCCGAGACAUUCCUAUGAUAAACGCAUGGAUAUGGAUUGGAGAAUGAUGGCCCUUAAAAAGCAGGAAUCCUUGCACGGCCCUGCAGAUAUGCACAGUAGAUUUACACCCCAGCAAUCUCGCAUGGAUCCAUCUUUUGAUCAGGACCCCUCCUUCAAACGUCACAGUUAUGAUGAAGGCGCUCAUGGUAGAUUCUCUUACCCAUUCCUGCCGCAACAGGGUAUGCCAGAGCCUGAGAACCAGGGAAGGCAGUUCCACAGGGGGCAGCAGCCUGGACCAGGACCAGGAAGAGACGCAGAUAACAGUGGCUAUGACAAGUUCUGGAACCAAGACUUUUAUUCAGCAGAUCAGUAUUCUGAACCUGGUUUAACACAAGAGAUGGAACCAUCUGUUAACUUUGACCCUGUGCUCAACUAUUUAUCAUCUACCAGAAAUGAAGACUUUGACCAGGGCUCAGAGAAAUUACUACCCGCAGCAGAUUUACCGUUUGGUUCAUCUCACCCUAGAAGAUCGAGUUUAGGCCAGUUACCUGCCUAUCAAACUUCUCCCGCCCCCACUGAUCAGAAGCAGUCUUUCCAGAAACCUAACCCUGACCGCAAGGAUCCUUCAGUGAAACGGGGGCUAAGAAACUGGAGGAUUAGUUCAUACCUCAGUGCAUAUGAUGAUCCAGGAGAGGAAGGCCUGCCAUCGGCACCACCUAAUGCACAGGAUCCUUUUGAAGAGCCCUCUAACCCCAUACAGCAAACACCAGGCAUAGAUUUAUUAGUUCCUAAAAUCCCUAAUGCCAGAGAAUUUAGGAUUCCUGCAAUACCCAGGGCAAGUCAGAUGCCAAGUUAUGUCACUGCACGAGAACAUCCAAAGAAAUUGCCUGAUGAACAUACUGCAGUAGCAACAGAAGAAAAAACAACACCAACACCUUCAGAAUCAUCAUCCACAACGGAAGUGGAGAAGAUAGAGGAGGCAGGUCAAAAAGAACCAAAAACCUCUGGUCUUCAAAGGGAGGAGUCGUUCCGCAGGAAACACAAUGCAGCAAUACCAAGGAGCUCUAGGUUAAGAUCCUCUCUGAUAUUCAGCUCUCUGGACAAGCAGCAUACUUCUCAAGAUACCAAAACUGCUCCAGGCCAACAGGAUGAGAAAGGUGACAAAAAUGAGGCAGAACCAACAAAACUACCUUAUGUUUCUCAGGUUUUGGGACAAAGGAGGUCUACUGCAAGAGAACCUUUUGAAUGGAGUCGUUACAUGAAGUCAGCCACCUUUGAUAAUGCUGCCACAGACCCAUCCAAACCAGAUGAUAAAGAUUCACCAAAGGAUGAAAAUUCAAAGGAUCUUUCAGAGGUACAAAAACCGCCAGAUAUAAAGCAGGCAGAUUCUUCACCAUCAAUGUCCCGAUCCAAGGCUUCUGAAGUUGAGUUGCCCAAAACUGAUCUAGCAGGAAUGCCAACCAAAUCUUUUCUCACCACUCCAUUCAGUGUAGAUAUGUGUGAUCCUGAUCAGAGGUUCGUUUUUUUCAAAGAAUUGGCAGCAAAACGCAAAGCCGCUAAGGCUGCAGAAGCUGAAAAGAGCAAAGGAAAGGCUGAAUUAAAAAACAAUACUACUGUUAAAAAGGAGGAGCCUGUUCCAAAAGAAACAUCAGAAAAGAUGGCUGAUGCUUCAACGUCUAAGGGUUUAUUGAAAAAAAAUGCAACUGCAGAGGAUGCAGGGAAAACAGUAUCCACAGAAGCACUAGAUGCCUCUAAAAGCUGUAAACAAGAACAAGCCGGAGCUUCAACUGAUUCAGAGAAGAUAGAGCUAAAGAACAGCCAAUCAGUGGCAACUCUGCCUGUUUCUGCAGAAACAGCAGCACCUCUGAGCAAACCACCAGAAGAGCCAAAGCUGUCAAAUCCUGAUGUAAAGACAAGUAGCCGCAGUCAUCCACCUACACCAACAAAUGCUACUCCUGCUAUUGUUCCUUCCCUUGCACAAGGUACUGAUAAAGUGAGCCCAUGUCUUCAUUCGGCCUCAAAGGAGUCUAGUUCCCUCACUCCCAGUUCGGUGAAGGUGCCACCAUCUUCUGAAUUAGCUGCAUUGGAUUCUAACAUCACAAAUCCGGAAUCAGUUCAGUUUGAAACAAGCGUCUCUUCUAACCCAUCGGGCCAAAGCUCUUCCUCUGAUCAUAUUCUGGCAGAUUCUGGUUCACAUAUCAGUCCAUGUCCUUUACCCACUAGCUGUGCUCUUCUUUCCACUUCAGCAGAAUCCAUACCUUCUAGUGUUACCCCAGAAGACUUGAGCUCAACUCUAACUUCCAGCAUAUUGUCCCCAAAUGCACAGGAAUCUGUCAGCCCCCCUCCACCAGAACCCUCCCCAUUGAUGUCAUCCAAAACCCUAUCAGUAGUCGAUUCUACACAUUUGGAAUCUGAUACUUCUCAUGACACACGUGCUGCUGGUUCAGAGCCAAACACGUCCUCAUUACAGUCCCACACAAAGACAGACUCUGAAGAAUCUUGUGCUCCUACACCUUCAGAAAAAGAUGUUCCUGAAUCAGAAAACAAUUCUGUUCCUAAAGGUGUUGGAAAGGAAUCUGAGGUUCUUGGAUCAUCAAAGGAUUUCAAAGCUGAUAGCACACCUCCUAGCCUCAGCCCUUCAUUGCUUGAAUCAUGUUUACCUAAUGUGUCUGAUCUGGAAAGUAAAUCCAAAUUGGCUCAAAAUCAGACUAUUACUGCUACCCCCUCCCCAGCAGAACCUCAACCCAAGCAUUCUCCAGCAGAAACAAGCUCUCCUGUCCACCCACACUUUACUCCUAAUGCUUCCCAGUCAGAGAGAGAAGCUUCCCCUCCCUCCGAACUUAACCUCACAGGAUCUGUCACUCCCACUCCUCCUGAAAGAGUAUCAUGUUCUUCUCCUCUAAUGGAGUCCGUUGGGUCAGUUUUGUCCCCCGAGGCUGAAAAAACAUUAGCAAAGGGUGUUGGAGAGGAAUCUGAAGACAUUGUAUCAUCAAAGGAUGUCAAAGCUGAUAGCACACUUCCUAGCCUUAGUCCUUCAUUGCCUGAGUCAUGUCUACCUAAUGUGUCUGAUCUGGAAAGCCAUCCUACAGAGCCACCUGUACAUGCUGAAGACAGUAAUGUGGACAGUCAGAAUGGAGUAAGCAAGGAGCCUGACAUGCCUGACCCUGUUAAGAAAGAAACUGAUGAUACCGAGGCCGCAAAUAAGGUUAAUAAAACCACUUCACAGGAGACGGUUUGCGAUGAGAAAGAAAAUGAAAAAGUAAAACAAAAUAACUGCUCCGAACCGCCAGAGAUCACAUCAGAUGAAGUCGUUCCUCCGUCACCACAGUCCAAGCAGCCAAAAUCAGGCCAGUCCCGCUACCAAACAUCAACAGCCAACGUGCUCUCGAGCAGCAACCUCAGAGACGAUACAAAGCUGCUUCUAGAGCAGAUUUCUGCUAAUAGCCAAAGCAGAAACGAGGCUGCCAAAGAGUCUCCUGUGACCGAUGACGAGAAAGAAGACGAGGCUGACAAAAAUGCCAAAAGGGAGAAAGAAAUAGGGAUGAGGUCUCUUAGCAGAGGGCAACCUAAGACACAUCAGGAGCGUGACAAGCUGUUGGAGAAGAUUCAGCAUAUGAGGAAGGAGAGGAAAGUUUACAGCCGAUUUGAGUUAUAAAUAAAGUUAACACCAUCACCACCACUAUUGCCCAUUUAAAUGUGUGUUGUGUUGCCCCUGUCAUUUUCUGUCUCCAUUAUUUUCACAGAUGGCACCUUAAAUGGGAUCCAAAGACAUUUGAGAGAAUAAACAGCACAUACAAUGCGUUUAGAAAGAAAGCAAAGACGAUUAAAAGCUGAAAUGAUGACUAAGACAUUUUCUAACCAAAGACAUGUCGACAUUCUCUGCAAACGAGGCACAUUAUACGAAGAGGCAGGGGACCAACUACAAACUGGAUGUUCCAAUUAUAUGUGCCAUGACCAACAGAGGGCUUCUUCCUGAGACUACAUGUGUGUGUGAUCUGAUGAUGAUGAAUGAUAUGUUUUACUGACUGCAUGGGUAAAGUGCAAUGUUUGCAACAGGAUGUUUCUGUUAUGACAUCUGUCCUUGCUUUUCAGCACUGACAGCUAUAGAUGUUAGCUGGUUUUAAGAAAACAUGUGAUGUAAAAGUGUAAUAGAUCAUCUUAAGUAGUCAGAGUUUGUAAAACUGUAAUAUACUGUAGUUGAUAUUGUACUAUUUCACAACCAUGUUAAACAAAGAUUCUGAUUAUUGCAUGUGUUUUUGAAACAAGUGAAUAUAUAAAUUCAUAUCCAUGCACGACUGUUGCUGUUCUGGUGUAAAUACAUUUUAGCUUUAGUGUUUGUAAUCUGAAUCAAACAUGGAAUUGAAAAAUUAUGAACAAACCUGAGAUUGAAACAGAAUUGCAUCUUAAACAUGAUGUGCCUACAAUAUGAAUGUGUACAUCAUUGCACAUCAUACCGUGUAUACAUUAUUUACUAUCCAACAUUAUCAAGUAGGAGUCAUUAAGGUAAAUAUCAAUCUUCCAAGUUGCACCUUGUUGCCAUAAAUGGUGAGUUCACCUAAAUGACCUGAAUCAUCCAAAUGAUUUUUGUUUUGAUGGUUUGUGACGAACAAACACAAGAAAAUAAUUUGUUGCUUUUUAAAUGCUUAAAUGUAAUUGUUGGCCAUUUAAAUUCAAAGCUACCAGCAUGGCAAGAUUCCACUAGGGCUAAGGGACUCUGGGUUAUUUUUUGUACUUUUCUUGAACCAACCCUUACAUUGUCUCUGAGAAUGUUCUUUUUUCAAUAAAAACUUUUCAUGUACACUGAAACAAGAUAUAUUGAAAUUGCAAAGACUUUACAUCUGAAAUGAUGGAUUUAUAAAUCCUGUCUUCAGCAACGUUUGCCAUUUGUAAAUAAAAUCUUGUUCAAAUGUG